AUGCGACCUAAUGUGCGCCUCUCGGCGAACCUCAGCAUGCUCUUCACCGAGGCUCCCUACCUCAAGCGCUUCGGCCUCGCCGCCCGUCACGGCUUCCGCGCCGUCGAGUCGCUCUUCCCGUACGGCGAAGCACCUGCGAGUGCGGUGGCUGCGGAGCUUGAGAGGCACGGGAUGGAGCAGGUGCUUGUCAACGCGCCUCCUGGCGACUGGGCCGGCGGCGAGCGCGGCGUCGCCGCCCUUCCGGAUCGGGGCGGCGACCACGAGGCGAGCCUUCGCGAGGCGUUUGUGUACGCCGCUGCAAUCGGCUGCCCGCGGGUGCAUGUGCUGGCCGGCCUGCGGCAGCAGGGUGCGUGCGAGCAGACCUUUGUCGAGCGGCUGCGCGCGGCUGCGGGCGAGGCCCAGUCGGCCGGCAUCACGCUCUGCGUCGAAGCUCUCAACCCUUCCGACGUGCCCGGCUACCUGCUGCCAUCGCAGGCGCGCAGGAGAAGGGAGGACGCCGCGCGCGUGGUCGACGCCGUCGGCCACCCGGCCUGCGGCCUGCAGUUCGACCUCUACCACCUCCAAAAGGCGGCCGCGCGGUGGCCGAGUGAGGCGGUGCGGUGCGCGAUCCGCACGUACGCGCCGCGCGCUGCCCACGUCCAGAUCGCAGGUCCGGAGGGGAGGCACGAGCCCGACGCGGCGGCUGCGGCUGCGAUGCUGGCGCUCCUCGAGGAGGGCGGAUACCGCGGCCACGUCGGCUGCGAGUACAACCCGGCGGGCGGAACCAGCCGCGGGCUUGCGUGGGCGGCCGCCUACGGCAUCGAGGCACCGCGCGAGGAGCCAGCGUGA